GCGUCAAAUGAAAAGAUUUCUAAAUAAAAAUAAGUAACUUAAAAGUUCAAAGGCGUUGAAAAUUAAUUUUGUUUGAAUGUUAAGUUCCGUGAAAUAAUAAUUAGAGUAAAAUUAGAAAAAAAUAUAUUGAAUUUUUUUUAGACAGUGAAAUAAAAUAUUUAAGUAAGUAAAAAUAUUUUGUGUGCAAAAUGACGUUAAAAGUGGAAAAUUUGAAAAAUAGUGAUGUAGUGAAGUUGUUCGAGUUCUGGGAAAUGGCAGAGUUUGUUGAUUUUGUUAAGGAAAAGGAAAUUAAUGGCCGAAAAUUAUUGGAGAUCUCUGAAGGGCUUGUGAAUAUAUGGCGACCGAAUGCCAACGCUAAGAAACUAGUGCUAUUCAUACAAGAAGUAAAGCGACAUCCACAAAAAUACCUGAAUUGUAUCAAUAACAAUGAUGUGAUUACUAUAAAAGAAACGAACUUGUGUAGUGAAAGUCAGUAUCAAACGAUUAGUGUCAGAAAGAUAAGUAAUCAGGAUAAUAGUAACAGAGUUGAAGAAAUUUUGAAAAAAAUUACAGCACCCAAAAGCUUUUUGUAUAGACAUAAUCCAAAAAGACAGCAAAGGUCCGUUACUUCAUACGUACCAAUGAACGCAAGUAAAGAGAAAUCAAGGAGUUUCUUUCGACUAAGCUCAUAUGACUAUCCUAUAUUCGAUAUAAGAAAGCAUUUUUCAAAAACAGAAAACUUUACUGACAGAGGUUACUAUCCUGUUAACAAAACUAAAGAAGUAAAACCUAAAUACAAAUCUAUGAGUUCAACUGAAGAAUUUAAUGACAAACAUUCAGAAGAUCACUUAUAUGAAGACUUGUGCUAUACAGAUGUUAAAGAGGAAAGCAAACCAAAACCAUUUACUCCAAAUCAAACUAAUCAAGUAAAACCUUGUAUGGUAAAAAUACAAGAGUUAUUUAGUUCUUUCAAAUUUCCAUUUUUUAAAAAAGAAGAAGAAGUUAAAAAUGUUCCAAAGAAAUCUGAGUAUAGAGUUGUAAAAGAUGAAGAAAGUGUUAAAGAUAGCAACAUCUAUGAGAACAGUUCUAUGGAUAUGUAUGAUUCUGUUCAUGUGGCAACUGAGCAAGAUUUAAAUAGGAAAGAAGAUAAUCAUGCAAGACUGGCAGUAGAAGACUACCUGGUGCCGGUGGAAGUGGAGAGAGAGUAUUGCGACGUGUGUGUGAAGCAGAAGGACGACUCUCUUCUGGGCUACAUCAUGAACUACUUCGAGAGCCGGUUCGGCAUGAGACGAGAAACGAACGAUGCAACCCAGUCAGAGGAAUCGGAAACGGAACCAGCGUGCGAGCGGGAAUGGGAGCGGAAGGUCAACAUGGCGGCGCGUCCACUUCCGGUUCCGGUGGAGAACGAGCCUUACUACAUGGACGUGGACCGGACGGAGGCUGAACACUUGCUGACUGAUCAGCCUGACGGGACUUAUAUAUUGAGGCCUUCGAGUCAGCCCAACCAUGCGUACACACUGAGCGUAGCCUGCUCCGGCGCGGUCCACAACGUGGGCGUCCGGCGCCGGAGUGAUGGGCGCCUAGCACUGGGCUACGCGCGACGCGGCGAGCGCAGUUUCACCAGCGUGACGUCACUGUUACGUCACCACAAAAAGCGCCGCUUGCUGCUCGUGGCAGCGGGCGGGCUGCUCGGCGCUACUACGCUCAACGAGACCCCCCAGUAUUAUCAGACACCUAGCAAUAUACCCAUUCUGUAAUUGUUGAUCAGUGUGACGUCACCACAAAAAGCGCCGCUUACUGCUCUUGGCAGCUCCACGAGACCCCCCAGUAUUAUCAGACGCCUAGCAAUAUACUCAUUGUGUAAUUGUUGACUAGUGUGACGUCACUGCUACGUCACCACAAAAGCGCCACUCAAUCAUAACAAACAGUUUGGAUAACAGACUUUUUGACCAAUAAUUUGAACACAAAUAUUAUAUGACUUAAAUUAUUAACAUAUUUAAAGGAUACUUUUUAUUUUACUCUAUAUGUAUGUAAUAUACGUUUAUAUUUUUAUUAAAUCCAGAAAGGUAUUGAAUAAAAACUAUAAUGAAUAUUUUGUGUAAAUACAAAUUCUAUUAUGCCAAUGUACUUUUAAGUAAAAAUUAUUAAAAAAAUAUAUACCUAAGUAAUGAUAAGUGUGUUUUUUCUGACAAAUAUAUUUCCAAACAGGAAAAAACUUAAUAAACGUAGUUUGAAGCCAUUUGUAAAUAACGAAUUGCUCCGUUUAAAGUAUGUACCUUAAUUUUACCUAAUUUGGAAUGGAAUAUUUGAAUAUUACAGUAACAUCUCACGUGUAUGAGCCGUGAUAACCCAGUAGAGUGGAGUGGGAUAACCCUGUCUUCGAUUCCAAAGGGCGUGGGUUCGAAUCCGGUCCGGG